CUGAACCCUGAAGGGUAGUCGUGACUAUCUAAAUGGUACCACCUAUUUGGAUAGUCAAGUGAACUAUUCCUGUACUACUAACUAUCAGAUAGUCGGCCAGCAGAUCAGAGUGUGCCAGGAGGAUAGUCAGUGGAGUGGAGAGGCACUGCUGUGUCAAGAAAUCCGGUGCGGGCCGCCUUCAGAAAAACAUGGAGGUGCCAAAGUUCUGGGGAUUUCUGGCAGUGACCGGCACCUCACCUCCACAUUUGCAAGGCGAAGGGAACAUCUGGCCAUGGAGGACUCAUACAGGACAAGCGUACCAGCCAGCCUGCCCACCACACCCGAGUCAACAACCACGCUGUCGUCACUGCAGAAAAACACAAUCAACAUAAUCCGUUCUCCCCUGAGGAGGUGGAAUUUGAGUAGGGAAAGCUUCAGAAAUGCAGGAAGGAUUAGCGGUGAUGACUGCAGGCUGCCAUCGACCCGCAGAUGCAGGUGGGAGGAGAGGAAAUACCUGAAGAAGUGUUGCAUAUUUGCCAAGAACACCAGGGGACAGUUUAACAAGACACCUGCAAUGGCACCACAAGUUCCUGCCUUUGAAGUGAAGCUUGCUACAGACUCUGCCUUCAAGCUGACAUGGGUUCAAAGGAUUCUCAAGAGUGUUGAGGAUCAGAUACUGACAAGAACUGGCUGGCAUCUUACUGUGUUCAACAGGUCAAGGUAUGGGAAGCAUCACCCCUUCACCCCAGACACCCUCCCCACACCCCAGGCCCCACACACCCCUGGGGAGAGGCAGGAACACACCCCAAACAGCUGUCAUGUCUCAAAAUCAAAUCAAAGGGAAUUUUUGAAGACUUGGGGUUCAGACAGUGGUACCCCUGCUUCUCCCCCAACCCCACACCCCGGACGCCCCUCCAUGCCACCCCGUGGACACCCUGGGGGAGGCUGUUGCACCCCAUGCACCCCACACACCCCAUGAAUGCCGACAGUGCGUGCCCAGAGUUGCAUCACAGCUUGAGAUUAAGUCAAAACGCAAGCCUGGACCCAGUUGACUUCACACAGUCUUCUCAGCCCUCCCACAGCCUUUGACAGCCUCCCACAGUGCAUCACAGCCUCCUACAGCAUUGGAUGCCAGAACACAGCACACCAAUCCUUCCCACAGUGGCCAGAAACAGCACACAGCAAAAUGGUUAACCAGAAUGAACAGACACACGAACUGACACACAUAGACACAGCGCCAAACGCCAUAGAGCCAACGCACAGCAUCCCACAGCAGCCAGGGGGACAGCACAGCAUCACGGACUCCCCAGACACCCUCAGAACACCACAGCACACAGCACAGGAUGAAAUAUUAAGCUUAGCCUUUGCAUCACCUGUCAUAAACAGCACUGGGGGAGAUGACAGCACACAGUGGCACACAGCAGGGACCCAGGGACUAGUGAGGACUGAACAGCAAGCCACAGCAUCACCACACCCUGUGGAUGCUGUGAGGGAAGCAGGACGACCACACACAAGGCACAAGAUUGAGAAACGGACAGAAAGAGGAACCAUCAAUUCGAAGGAUCAUUUUAAAACAAGACUCAUAACUUCUGCUGCUACUUCUGCUGCUACUACUGCUACUAUUACUGCGGCUACUGCUAUAGGGGGUGCAUCUGUGUCCUCCAGCAAUAUUUACCAGUGUAUCGAGACUUAGACAAGACUUCACCAUUAAACAAGAUGAAAAUCUCGGAACAGGGAAGGAGAAAAAUAACUCGGAGAACGAGAAGGACAAGAGGAAGGCGCGACACUGACACACAAACGCACACACACACACAAAACGGAAGCCACUACAGGCUUUAGACCUCUCAUGUGACUCUGGCAACAGUGAUCCCAGUGUUACCAAACCCCUGUGUGACUCUAGGAGCGCGGACAGCUGGAAACAAGGGCUGGGGAGGCCGGGAGUGAGGUCAGGGGUCACAGGAGAGGGAAACAGUGCUCUUCCUCUUCCUCCUCGCUGCAGUUCAGGUCACCACAGCCUUGCCGCAGCCAGCCACACCCACCACGGGCCUCCACACACCCUCACGCAGCAGUGCCAAGGCUGGACACAGCACUGCACAGCCCAGAACAGUCUAUGCCUAAUUCUCUAGUCAUUUAUAUUCAGAAUUUAACCCCCCUUGUGAGGACAGCGACUACCACCACCACCACCACCAGCACAGCCAAGCAGAUGCAGACACAGAAGAAAGAUAAGAUCACAUGACCUCUCCCACACCCUUGACCUGACCAUGUAACUGGCCAGGACCAUACUGAGGCGAUCUGAGAGUCUCCUAACUUCUCUGCCCCAACCCAGCGGCAGAAAUAGCCCAAGAAGUAGCCCAAAUGUAGCCUGCCAUAAGAGAUAGCCCAGUAGCUAAAAAAAAUAGCCCAAAGAUUAGGUUGCCCAAAAAAUAGCCCAAAGAAUGUGGUUUUUUAUGUUUUAUUUAUUUAGUUUAUUUAUUUUAAUUGUAAAGGAAGUUAAGAAUUUUUUUUUUUUUUGUCAGUUCUC